GCUGCUUUCCUUCCUGUCGUCUGUAACUCCGUGGUAGCUCUCACAUGGCGUCCGCCUCAAAAAGUCCAAAUUGCCCUCUGCUCUGUUGCAACGCGGCUUUGAAAAUUCUUAUUCAUAUCUCUUCAACGGCGGAGAUUCCUCUCUCGUUGAAUCUCCUAUUUUUGGUUCCCACUACGUCGACCUCCAUUGCUUCCUUCCCAAGAAUCGCAUCUUUUCUUACUCUCCACCGCCGCAGCUCGUUCCGCCAUUGUUUCACCUGCAAUGAAGAAGCUUAAAACCCUAAUACUCCUACUACUCACAGCUCUCGCCUUCCCGCCAUCCUCCGCCGUCGAUUUCAUCUUCAACGGCUUCAAUUCCACAGACGUCUCGAUUUACGGCAACGCCACAAUCGAAGAUCGGAUUCUCACUCUGAACAAGGAGACUGGAUUCGCCAUCGGCCGCGGUCUCUAUUCCUCGAAAAUUCCGGCGAAGCAACCAAACUCCUCGAUCGUUCUUCCAUUUUCGACCUCUUUUAUCUUCUCUAUGGUGCCCUACGCCAACAGGCAGCCAGGCCACGGCAUCGUGUUCAUCUUCGUGCCGCACCAGGGGAUCGAGGGUGCCGAGGCGUCGCAGCACUUAGGGUUGCUGAAUUUCACCAACAAUGGAGAUCCGAACAAUCACUUAUUCGGAGUGGAAUUCGAUUGUUUCAGGAACCAGGAAUUCAACGACACCAACGACAAUCACGUCGGGAUUGACGUGAACUCCCUAAUUUCUGUAACCGCUAACGAAGCAGGGUAUUGGUCCGACGAGAGUUCCUUCGAGAAAUUGACGCUCAACAACGGCAGAAACUAUCAGGUUUGGAUCGAUUACUCCAAUAAUACUGUUAACGUUACAAUUGCGCCUGCGGGAAUGAGAAAACCUAAUCCGCCAUUGUUGAGUGCUGCCCUGAACCUUUCCGAAGUAUUCGAAGAUAACAUGUAUGUAGGAUUUACUGCAUCUACUGGUGAUAUGAUUCAAAGCCAUAGAAUCCUAUCCUGGAGCUUUAGCAACACAAAUUCUUCGAUAGGCGAUGCAUUGUUCACACAGGAUUUGCCUUCAUUCCAGCUUCCAACUGCUCCUAGCACCACUGGUUUCAUAGUUGGUGUAGUUUUGGGGAUUUUUCUGUUCAGCAUUAUAUGUUGUGCCAUUGCUCUGUUCUUCAUGAGACGAAAUCGAAGGCUUCGAAACGCCGACGAGGAAAUGGAGGAUUGGGAGUUGGAGUAUUGGCCGCAUCGAAUUUCUUAUCAAGAAAUUGAUACGGCAACGAAGAGCUUUGCUCCAGAGAAUGUGAUCGGAAUCGGUGGAAACGGCAAGGUUUAUAAGGGCGUAUUGCCCGGAGGAUCGAAGAUUGCCGUGAAGCGAAUUUCGCACGAAAGUGGCGACGGGGUACGAGCAUUCUUGGCCGAAAUAUCGAGCCUAGGCAGAGUGAAGCACAGGAACUUGGUGGGGCUGAAAGGAUGGUGCAAGAAAGAAAAAGGCAGCCUCAUUUUGGUGUACGAGUAUAUGGAAAACGGGAGCCUCGACAGGAGGGUGUUCGACUGCGAUGACGAGAAAACAUGGCUCGGUUUCGACGACAGGAUAAGAAUUCUUAAACAAGUGGCGUCGGGGAUCCUGUAUUUGCACCACGGGUGGGAGGCGAAGGUGUUGCAUCGGGACAUCAAGGCGAGCAACGUGUUGCUCGACAAGGAUAUGAACGCGCGGCUGAGCGAUUUCGGGCUGGCCAAGAUGCACGAUCACGACAAGGCUGCCGGUACCACGCGGGUCGUCGGGACGGUGGGGUACUUAGCGCCGGAGAUCGUGAAAAGCGGCAGGGCGUCGACGCAAUCCGAUGUGUUUAGCUACGGAGUGUUGGUUUUGGAAGUCGUAUGCGGUAGACGGCCGAUUGUCGAAGGCAAGCCGCCGUUGGUGCAAUGGGUGUGGGAGAAUAUGAGAAGAGGCGAGCUUUUGAGUGUCGUUGAUAAACAGUUAAUAGCUCGCGGGCGGGUUGAUGAGGAGGAAGCGAAAAGGAUGCUUCAAUUAGGACUGUUAUGCGCGAAUCCGAAUCCGGCUGCCCGGCCAACGAUGAGACGGGUGGCAAAGAUGUUCGAGGAGAGGGGCGAGUUUGAGGGCGAGGCGAUGGAUGUUUAUCUUCUGGAGAGUUCGACGUCCGCCGCCGCUUCGGCUUUGGGUAUGGAACAUGAGAUUCUUGGCAAUGGUUUACAUCCAACGUUUGCUGAGAUCAGGCAGGGGUUGUCUUCUUCAAUGUCACUGUCUUGGAGCAAUACUGCUGUGGAGGGCAGGUGAUGAAAUGUGAAUAGGUUUGAUUUUAUUUGGUAUGUUUGGGUAUAAAUUUUGAGCUGAAAAUGGUUUCUUUUAGGGGUUAAGAUUGGGUUAUAUUGAAACUGUCCACACACACAUGUACUUUAGAAAUUGGAAUAGAAGAUUGAUUGUAUUGUAGCUAUAGGGCUAUGGGGCUUAUUUAUUGAAAAUUUUGAAUGUAAUUACCUGCAAAUGUUUUUGUUGAGUCUUGGACUGAUGAUCCUUAGCUGCAAAUGUAUAAAAGAAUUACCUUUACAUGUAUAAAAGAGAGUGAUAUUUUUUUAUAAAGUGAGAUUAUUUUA